CUUUAACUUUAAACUCUGAAAUAUAAAGGCUUCGUGGAGGUUAUAGGACAAAUACAGUGAGUUUGUUGUCGUGUUGUUGUUUCCACGGGCGGCAGCAUGGACUGCGGUUCAUGAACGGAAACGUUCUUAUCGUGCGAGGAUCUUCAGAUACCUGAAACAUGCCGUCAAGAAGUCAUCUUGACAAAUUUGGGAGGAAGAAGAAGAAAAAAUGGACCGACGAGGCCAUGGAGCGUGCACUAAUAGAGGUGAAGUCAGGAAGAUGCACAGUCCGACAGGCUGCUAAAGAGUUUGGAGUCCCGAAAUCCUCGCUUGGAGACAGAGUCAGCGGACGGGUGGCUCCGGGGAGCCGCAGCGGCCCCGCUCAACUUAUACCGUCAGCCGACGAGGAGCUGUUGGUCGAGUUCUCCCUAUACAUGUCCAAGCAUGGUUUCCCACUCACUAAGCAGCAGCUGGUGUCCUUUGCAUCAUCGAUUUACAAGCGUCAGCACCGCAGGGUGGCAUUUUCCAAACUGGGCCAGACCUGGUGGCUCAAUUUCAGGAAACGGCAAGAAAAGAAUAUUACCAUUCAGCCGGCGGACAACGUUGUUCGUGGGAGGACAGUAUGUGUAAGGAAGGAAGCAGUGGAUCAGUUUUUUCACCUGCUGAGCACCAUCUUGGACGGGCACGGGCUCAGAGACAAGCCUCGACAAAUCUUCAACUGCAAUGAGUUGGGCUUUCAGCUGGGCAGGAAGAGGGUGAGCCUCCCAAAAUCUGCCAGUCUGGGCUACAAGCCAGCGCCGGGCUCCAGAGACCACAUCUCCGUCCUCGCUUGCUUUAACGCAGCCGGAGAAGACAUUCCCCCAUUUAUUAUCUACUCAAACGCCUAUCCAGGGGGAGUUUGCUACAAGACUCAAGGACCUCCGAGCGCCCUCUAUGGGUGGUCAGACUCAGGUUGGAUCAACUCGGACCUGUUCAGGAAAUGGUUCCUCAAGCACUUCCUCGUGCACGCGCCGAAGGAGCGCCCGCUGCUGCUGAUUUUCGACGGCCACAAAUCGCCCGUGAACCUGGAGGUGGUGGAAUCGGCUCGUAAGGAGGACGUCAUCCUUCUCUGCCUCCCCCCUCAGUGCUCACACAUCCUGCAGCCGCUGGACGUCGGCCUUUUCGUCGUCCUGAAGCAGCGCUUCGCUUCGCUCAUAGGGGAGGGCUGCGCCUCCGACACGCACUUCGCGGUCAGCAAGAAGGAGUUCUCUGGGGUAUUUAAAAGCACAUAUCAGAUCGCGCAGGAGGAGGAAGGCGUCCAAAUUGUGAAAGACGGCUUUAGGAAAUGCGGCAUCUACCCGGUGAACCACUUCACCAUCAGUGAGACUCAUCUGAUGCCACUGCACAGCAUCAGCGCCGCAGCUGGACCCGCCAUGUCCACAGCGGCACCGGGGGGCCACAUGGUGGGAGAGCUCACAGCUGCCGGCCCCUCCUCCUGACUCAUCACCUGCCCAGGUGUCAGCACCUGUGAGGAGACACUGAUUGACUGCAUAAUUCAUGCAAGACCUGAAUGAACUCACGCCAGCCCCGCCAUGCGAUGUAGUAAAUGUGUUCACGCUGUUUGACUGCGGUGAGCUCAGUUUGUCUUCGCUCCGGAGGAAAGCAUGUGCUCUCCUUAAUUAAUUGUCGACACUUCGCUCACAUUUAGUGAACUGAGUAUUAUUAAAAGGCUGCACAAAAGAUGGAGCUAAAAGACAGAUGUUUUAUUCUUCCUUGGUGUCCUUGGUUCGUUUCUUGCACGACAGCGCACGUUCAACUGUUUUGACUCGGCUCCAGAAGCACUUGUUGCCGCUGCUCAAGCACAAAGCGUUUCGAGCCAUCGAGCAACCAAUCCAUCUUCAGCGCCGUCUUUUGUUCUUGUUUGACGCCGACUGAUGCCUGUUCAGCUCCAGUUUAGUGAAUCCCCUUCAGCUAGACAUACAGCACAAUGGUAAACACUGUGAGCUGCGCUGACACUUCAUACCAGUGUGUUUAUUUGAAGAAAAGGGUUGAAAUUCAUGCUGUUUUGGCAAAAUUGCAGGAGCUCAAUUUCAAGAUAUGGUGAGGAUUGUUUUGGUUCGAUCUAUGAUUUGUGAUUUCUCAUAAAUAAGUUGAAGCCAGAAGUUAAAGACUCUGAGAACAAAGAGUAAAUUUAUAUAAAACUGGCUUUUUCUUUUAAAAAAUGUUGUUUGGAUCAUAUCAUUUUGCUACAAAAUGAGUGUUUUUCUUGGAAAGGGUGAACCUUACUGUGUUAUCUCAGGGAGAAAUCUAGUAUGAAUCGAGUAUUCAAAUAACAUUAACAUCACAAAUGUGUCUUUAGGUUGAAUAAUUCACAUUGUGAGCUGUGACUCGGGCUGCUUUUUGUCGCGGACGUGAUAAAGUCAAGUGAUGUAACAUCGAUGCAAGAGGUACGUUGGAUAACAAUAGCCAGGCGAUUGAGAGUAAUUACAAUAACCAUACAUUCAUCAGAACAUCUCCACGGUCUUUAUUAUGAAUAAAACGUGUAAUUAUUUUUUUAAUUGAAAAGCCACUGAGUGCUGUUGUACAGACAACUACAGAAGUGUUCCUGCCUGGAUUUCUGUUUGCUCACAUGAACGAGAUCAGUAUUUACCACAGCGUUAUCAAGAUCACUGGAAUUUUCAAACUAGUAAAAUAUUUACAUAUACAACGCCGACUAUUCAUAUUUUAUAAUGUUCAUUAGCAAGUUCUUGCUCUAGUUUUUAAGGGCAAAUAUGCAGGUGUACCCUAAGGGUGGGAAAACUCCAGUAAGUAUUCCCAUUAAAGCUUGAUCAAGCAGCUGAAGUCCCGGUCAGGCUGCACUGUACUGCGGGUCUUUAUGAAUGCAGCAGCUCUGCCCUGGGCUAAGUUAAUGUUUAUGUAUGUUAUUACCACAGAUGGUAAUUUGUGCCUGAAGCCUGGAAUAAAUUUUGUUAUUAUUCACUGACACAACAGUGUCAAAGGACAAUUUCGGUUUGAAUUGCAGAGCUGCUGCCGCCGCCGCUGCCACCUCCUUCCUCUGAUCCGACUGGAAUUCAGAAACCCGCAGUCAAACAUCACACUUUGAUAAUCAUGGCUAGUAUGUGACAUAUUUUUCUUAAUUAUAAAAGAGCGUUUUACUCUUGGCUGUCCUCUCGUGAUAAUCAGUGGAGGAAGAUUACAGCCCACCUCAGACGCUGGUUCUCUGAGAAAUGAGUUUUUCUUGCACUCUGUUGCUCCUCUGGGGAUUGCUGCUUUGUUUGGUGUCUCUUUUUGAGUUGUUACAGCACUUUGGUCAACUAUAUUAGUUUUUAUGGCUGUACCCUCCAACAGUAGCUGGAAGCUGAAGGCAGUUUUUAAGUUCAUCCUCACUUGGACUCAUCUGUCACACCCUUGUAAACACAAUCACCACAAUGUCUCCCAGGACGGAGGUAUAAAGACUUCAUCACUGUACUGAUGUAUCUGGACUGAACUCCACUCAUUUUUCUAAAGAUGUUUUCUGUAACAAACACAUCUACAAUUUUUUACUCCUAAUAUUCUGAACUUGUACAGAUGAUGGAUUGUCUGUAGAGACAUCAUAACACGGGGAAGGAGAGUCAGGAAACACAUUUAUUCAAACUAUGUGAAGACCUCAAGGUUUUUACUGCAGCUUUAAAGUAGCUGAACAUUUCAGGCUUUUUUAUUGACAGCAUAGGUAAUUUAUGAUUCCUCGCAUGUCUCAGAUAUUUUAGAUCAUUGUCUAUCUUCCAUAAAUUUCAGUUGCAGAAUUCAACUUAGCUUCAUGUCCCUUAAAAGAGGCAUCCUGUAGUAAGAAACAACUUUUUCCUUACUUGGUGAAGUGAGGUGGUUUAGUGUCUGCACUUCUUCCUAAUGAUGCCAAAAAUGAUUCUAAUGAAUUCUAUUCACUAUAUGCACUGCAUCAGUCUGGGCUGACAUUAGAAGAAACUGUGACUUUGCUGUGUAGUUAGAGCUUCAUUUGGAUGUUAGGAACACUCACCCAAAUCUCCGGGCAGCCGACAGGACGUAUGAUUUCUGUCGAUAUGGACUGCGUUUCUCCGUGUGGUCCGUCCUGCAAGAAAGACAGAUGCUGCUGUGAAUGUGCUGCAUGUUCGUCAAACCAAUCCCCUCUCAAAAAGCCAUUAAUUAUAAGGUUGGACCUCAUCUUUUUUUUUUUUUCUUUUGGUGAAGUUUGAAGAGAUGCAGCAGUGUUGUAAUGCCCUGCACUGUCACGCAUUACCAGCACGCAUGACAGCUUUAAUUACUGGUUUACACAAAAAAAAAAGUUAAAAAAAAAAACUCUCCAGUUUUGAAGUUUCAGCUGAAGUGCAGUGAGUACCCUGCU